AACUCACUACUCGCCCACCUUAUCGAACUUAACGCUGCGUCGAGUCUCUCACACGUCCAUAUACGCUUGCCCCUUGCAUCAAGCAACACAUCAAACUAUUUUUGAAGUGCAGUUAGUGUUUUACACACUAUUUGUGAAUAUCUUGAUAAGUUACGGAAUACAAAAGGUGAUCUGUGCUUAAUUAUUUGGAUUUAUAAGUCUCGAUACCUGUGAAGUGAAUCGAUAUAAGUGAACAGAAGCACGUGGGUGUGUCACGAGUGCAAGAUGACACACUUAAUGUUUUGGCGGCGGGAAACAAGACAAUCUUGUGAAACUUGCAGAGAGGCCCCCGCGGGUCCUCCAUGUUAUGAUUGUACCUUCGGCCUGCAGACGCCGCCCCCUCACUAUACAUCCGUUCAAAUAUUACGUCAACCACUCCAGCAGCAUUCCAGCCUGCCUUCUGAAGGACACAUUGAGUAUGAUGUGGCAUCCUUAGCACAAGGUGUUACUAGAAUAGGUAUAGCCGUGGCUAUGGCUGUUGGGGAAUCGCACCCAGACGCUCUGCGGGUGCCUGAAAGUGACGCCCUGUCCAGCAGAAUACGACAUUGGAGUGAUCAGAUACCGAGAAACAGUGAUCAUUCUUCUGUUACUCGGAAUGCAUCAGCUCCUGAUCUUCAUUCUUUAGGCAUCCAGAUGGACGAGCCACUCCCAACAGAAGAGGAAACUCACGUGCUACUGUCUGCCCUAACCACUACCUCUCUCCACCCCGAGCCCAGCUUGGACUCACCACGAGCAUCUCCACUGCCAUGCCAGUUGCUCAUUCCAGAGUGAAGGCAUCACCGUGGACCCUCUUGCUUCCCUGAGGCUGCUCCCUGCUCCUCUCACACAUCACGCACGCUGCAAUUAAUUUAUACACAUUUCAUCUAUCAGUAAUCACUAUAUUACAAGCUCCUCUUAAGCACAUCAGCUAAUUCAUAUACAUUUCAUUAAUCAUCCGCUUAUUCACACGCGCGCGCGUGUAUGUAUAUGUCAUAAUGCCACAUUUUUACUACUUUUUAAUGUGACUUGCUUGAUGUAAUAAAGAUUAUCAU